AUGUUAGCUAUUCUUCAAUUCGCAGAAGCGCAAACACGUCAUGUUGUUGGAGGCAGUGAAGAUUGGAAGAUUCCAUCAAAUGAUUAUGAAUACCAAGAUUGGGCAAAUAACCAGAGAUUUUCCCUCGGAGAUAUCUUAGUGUUUGAUUUCACUAUGAACCAACAUAAUGUGGUUGAAGUGCCAAAAGAUUCCUACGACAUUUGCAGUCCAGAAAAUGCAAUCAACACAACAAUGAAUAGCCCUGCCAACUUCAUCCUUAACAAGGAAGGCCAAUUUUACUAUAUUUGCAGCUUUGGCACACAUUGCAUUCAAGGACAGAAGUUGUCCAUUAUUGUCCCUAGCUCCUCCUCUGGGGCCCCUUCUCCACUGCCGUCUCGGUCGCCGCCGGUGGUUACUACUGCUGCUACUUUCACUUUGAUCUUCAUCUUGGCAUUUAUGGGUUUUUAG